AGAGGAAGAGGAGAAGAAGAAGGUAGAGGAAGAGGCCUAGGUAGAGGAAGAGGAGAAGGAGGAGAUAGAGGAAGAGGCCUAGGUAGAGGAAGAGGUAGAGAAGAACUUGAAGAGUUGACAGAACCUGAACAAAGAAGACGAGGACCAAAUUUGACUCAAGAAAUCCGUGCAACACUUAUUGACCAUGUUCUCAACCAUGGACUGACACUGAUGGAAGCUGGACAAAGAGUUCAACCAAAUCUCAGCAGAAAUACUGUUGCGUCAGUAAUUCGGACAUUUCAUCGAGAAAACAGGAUUGAGGGUCGAGGACACCAAGGUGGAAGGGGCCCUAUGUUCACCCGUGCACAAGAGGCCGCCAUAGUGAACAUGGUUGUGGCCAAUAAUUGUAUCAGGCUGCGAGAAAUCCAAGCCAAUAUCAUCAACGAUGACCGUAUUUUCAAUAACAUCCACCGAGUCUCUCUGUCAACAUUAGCUCGAAUCCUCAAGAAAAAGCAAGUACACAUGAAGCAACUAUAUCGGGUACCAUUUGACAGAAAUUCAGAGAGAGUGAAACAUCUGCGCUCUGAAUAUGUGGAGAGAGUCUUGCAAAUGGAUGCAGAACAAAUUCAGCAUGAAUUUAUAUAUGUGGAUGAGGCUGGAUUUAACCUUGCAAAAACACGAAGACGAGGGAGAAAUGUAAUUGGACACAGGGCAAUCACCAAUGUGCCAGGGCAGCGAGGGGGUAACAUCACCCUCUGCGCUGCUAUCACACAAAAUGGGGUCCUCCACCACCAUGCAAAUCUGGGACCCUAUAAUGCAAAUCUAAUACUUGCAUUUCUUGACAGAUUGCACGAGAUUGUCACAGCAUUACACAAAGUGGACCAGAUGCGGUACAUUGUCGUUUGGGACAAUGUCUCAUUCCAUCGGGCUGCUCUGGUCCAGAAUUGGUUCCAUGGUCACCCUGAUUUUGAAGUGUUAUACCUUCCCCCAUACUCCCCCUUCCUGAAUCCAAUCGAAGAGUUUUUUUCAGCGUGGCGGUGGAAGGUAUACGACCUGCGGCCCUAUGACCGUUUGCCCCUCAUUCAGGCCAUGGAGCAGGCAUGUGAUCAAAUCGACGCAGCUUCUGUGCAGGGGUGGAUUCGUCACUCAAGGCGAUUCUUCCAACGGUGCCUUGCAAAUGAAGACAUAGCCUGUGAUGUGGAUGAAAUCUUAUGGCCUGAUCCAGCCAGACGGAGAGAUGAGGAAUAGUUACAGUAUUUGUGUUGCUUUUUUUUCCAGAGUCAAACUGUAUGUACUUCAGGCAGUAAUUUUUAUUUGUCUAUUUGUCACAUCAGAAGCACAACUGCUCUCUGGAAAUCAUGACGUUCCUAGAACCAGCAGGUCACCACUGUACACAGAUAAGUCUGAUUUCUGAUUAAUGGCCAGGAUAAAUAUCAAGCUUGUUUGUUUUUUUUUAUUUUUCCAGCUCAAUAUUGACAAAACCCACAUCCUUAUCAUAGGAUAUUUAGUAUGUUCCAGUUAAUCUUGAAGGGAAAUUAUUGAAUAUCAGGACAAGUUUCUCGACAAAUAUCUUUAUUCGUACUAUUCAGGCUUUUCCAGUUCCUGACUGAAUGGCAUUCACCAGCAGUCACAAACAAAUGCCAUGGUACAAGAGUUAUUCACAUAGAAGGAGAAGAAGAUCCAGCAUGAUACUUUAGUUGUAGCAUCCAAUCAAGAUGCCGUUUAAUCAGACCUCAGAGAGGGGUGCCAGGGAGGUUUAGUGUAUUCAUGUAAAAUCCGUAUUUGUGCAUAACUGUGCCCAAGUGUGUUUCUAUUCAGGCUGAAUGCAACUGAAAUUAAUAUGACUGUCAGGUAAUGAAAUGUGUCAUCUUCACAAAGAAAGAUUCAGGUAAGGAAAUCUUUUCUGUAAUUCAGUUGAAGCUGUGGGAGAUUUGCACUGCAGGGAUGGCACCUGCCACUAGGGGUCGCCUGCUCGGCUGGAUCAGUCACCCAAGAGAUUUGUGAUUUAGGCUUUGCUGCCAAUAAUGGGUCAAUGGCUGCAUCUUUGCCAAUCUUAUUUCCCAAAACUCCACUAUGGUGAAACCUUCCAGAUUAAAUUUUCCAGUAACUGGCUUUUUUAUUUUCCCAGCACACAGCAGAGGUCAACCAGUCAAUUACUGUGAAACAGUUCAUUGUUUUUAAGUUAAAUGCAAUAUUAUCUUAGAAUUUUAAUUCAAAUGAAUCACAAAGGAUCAACCCAAAAUCAAAAUUUAAAUUGAAAUAUUAUAAUAUUGCAAAUUAAAUGUUUAUUUUUUAAAUCGUACAUAGAGCAUAUAGAAUAAAGUGUUGGUUUACAGUUUUUUACAAUCGCUAUUACAGUUUUUGCAAUACAUUUAACAAGUUUCCUAAACUCUUAACGCACCAACACACCUAAAACACCCAAUUGACAAAACGGUUAAUUUCAUGCUCAAAAUCACACAUUGUAAACUAAACCUCAAAACUAAUUUUCAAAAUACAAUAAUAAAUUACCACAGUACACUAUGUCUAGCAAAACACUGCAAACAUGUUUCAAAAUCAAAUAACUAUUGAAAAUACUAACACAUGUUCUCUUCCAACAGGAACAUUUAGUCAAUCAUUACACACUGACAAACAAACACUAUCAUCAGCUGAAAUUACAGAAACUGCAUUAUUUUAUGUGUCAGGUCUGCCCUUAUAUUUGAAGCCUUUCUACAUUUUUGUUUUGUUGGGUUUAGUAAAUGCAUUUUGUUUCCUUUGCUGUAGAAAUUCAAUACAAAAAAAUUUAUGACCAUCUAAGAGUAGCUUUAUAAAAUGUACAGUUUAUGUAAAAAAAAAAAUACAGACACAGAACUGCUGCAGUACAGAUUUUUAUUUGCAAAAGGACAUUACUGCAAGAUAUGUAAACAGAAAAAGCACCGGAAUUAUAAUACAGUUUUUUACGAUUGUUUACACUGUAAAAUAAAAAUUUCCACACAAUUUGCAAAAGUCUACUCCAAGGAGCAAAACACCGCCACAGAUUUGCACAACAUUACACACAAUGUCUGCUUCACUCUUUUUGCAAAACAUUACACACAGUGAUUUGUAAAACUCUACACACAUUUCGACAACUUAGACACAGAUAAGGAUUGUGAGGUUACUUCCUUGUCAUUACAAAGCCCCAGAUUGCCAAUGACCACACUAAUGAACUAAUUGGAUAAGCACAUCCACAAGGUGUGGAAGCACACAUGUGCUAAUUAGAAAACGCAGCACUCAGGUGUGCUAUAAAAGGCAGCAGGUGAGUUCACCUGUAUUCAUCAAAAAUGGAAGGAGCUAGAAGAAGAGUGAGAAUGAGAGGGGGAGCUCAAAG